ACCAGAUGAGAAGUUAAUUUUCCGUGUCAUAAUUUUCAUUCAUAAUUAAAUUACAUGUGUUCCAUAUUGUGAAUGAAAAUGGAAUGAAAUUAUAAACAGAUGAAGAAGAAAAUGUUUUCCAAAUUUUCAAAUAUCCUCCAUAAUGCAGUGGAGGCGCUUGCACCUCAGUUAUCUCUGAAGGAAGAGUUUGUGCAUCACUGGAAAUCAGUGACGGUAUUCUUCAUGGAUAAUAAAGGUCAGAAGCUGCCAAUCGAUCAAACACAGAUUCCUGAGCAUCUUGAACAGAUGGUGGUUUUAUUGAAAGAGGAAGAAUUGAAUGCAGAACUGGACAGCACAGGGCCAUGUAUGGAGUACCUUCUACAACACAAACUACUAGAUACUCUGUACUCACUGGGAAGGACUGAUCAUCCUCCUGGAAUGAAGCAGAUUGUUCUACAGUUCUUUACCAAGUUACUGUCAAGACUAAAGCAACCAAUCCUGGCCCACGUCAGUGUUCACCGUGCUGUCAACCGAUUGGUGAAAGCAUGUGGUGAAGUUCAAGCUGCUCCAACGGAAUCAGAGGAAAUUCAGUUUUUGUGCACUGUGUGUUCAUUAAUUAAAUCUACGCCCUAUCUAGUCAAUUUCUUCAUUGAGGUGCCAAAACUCAAUUCUGAUGCGAGGAAAACUAGUCUUACCAAAGAUGCACCACCUCUGGAGGCUGGAGCUGGUCACAUGACACAACCUGCCAAUUCGCCUGACACACACACCACACACAGUACUAGCCCCAACACUGCCAAUGGUCCAUGCAGCACAGGGAGAAAUUUCAGCCUCAUGAACUCAUUGUUAAGCCUUUCACACAGUCCAGACAGUCGCGUGGCGGUGAAGGCAUGUGAGGGUUUGAUGCUGUGUUCCAGUCUGCCGGAGGAGACCGCUGCGUCAUGUAUCAUACAUGAUACAAGGUUCUGUACAGAGAUGACUCAGCGACUCAUAGAGGCAUAUCUCAAACUGCCUGCUUUUAUCAGUCCAGCAGAUCUGGAGAAUGCUGAGGCAAAAUGGGGUUUGGACGUGAUCACAGAAAGCGAGGAUCACAAGACUUUUCUAGGAAAGCGCCAUCUAGUGAGCUUCCUGUCCUGGUUGGAUUACUGUGAUCAGCUGAUCUCCAUCGCUAAUCCAAUGGUGGCCAAAUCUCUGGCCAAAUCCAUCAGAGAACUCUUCUUGAACGUCAUAAUGGAACCCUCAGUAUUACAAGCGUCAGAAGCAGGGGCAACUCUAGCUACAGCCUACCUCAACCGAUGUUUGAGAACUGUUUGCUCCCCAGAGCUUCUGUCAGAGUUCUGUUUCUUCAUUCUGGGACAUGAGAGGUUGCCCGAGCAGAUAGGAGAGACAACUCCAGAAAUCAGGCAUCGCCUCAUAGAGCGCUGCAAUCACCUGUCUGAGGAGUUGAGUCUGGUGACCCUGAAGCUGUUUGACACGCUGCUACAGAAGGAUGAUGAACACAUCAUGCACAAUCUAGUCCUACGUAAUCUGUUGGGGAGAAACUACUACAAAGUAACUCCAGUAGUCUCUGAGGAGGUGAACAGUGCACAGGACAAGGAAGAUAACUCUAAAACACCAAACGAUACAUCCCUGGGCAAAGAAGGCAACAUAGGACAAGAUUCAAAAAAAAAGCCUAGUCUUAAUCGUUCAUCUAGUCGUACAGAAGUUCACAAGAUUGUCAACUGUUUCCUUGCCUUAUUACCAGAGCAGUUGAAAUCUAGCUACCAAACAGCUGACAGUGGAUAUGACAUGUAUUUACGAGAUGCUCAUAAACAGUACCGCCACAUAUGUGAGAUGACAGACCCCUGGUCUUGGCCCAAAGAACCAGUGGUCAUCAAACGCUUCGUGGUGGACGACUUUUACGAGGGGGCCUUCCUGAGAAUGCUACUGGAUAAGAUGUCUCACUUACUGGAACAGAGUUACCCAGUCAACCUUCAGCUGACCUCUGUGGUGGCGAGGCUGGCUCUCCUUCCCCACCCUAACCUCACGGAGUACCUCCUCGACCCCUUUCUUCCAGUCACUGAUGGAACUAGAACUCUCUUUGCUGUCUUCCAGAAGCUUUCCAGUGAGAUUAGAAACAAACUUCACGCUCAGAGUGACCUCAGCCAACAGCUGGUCAAUGUCCGCCGUCAGCUGAUGGGAACCAGUACAAAUCUUCAUCGUAAAAAUCCAUACAGAAAAACCACCAGAUAUCAGAUCAGAUAUGAAGACCAAAAUCAACUAGAGGCUAUCAUAGUCAUGGAAGAGUUUUGUAAAGAGCUGUCUGCAAUAGCAUUUGUCAAGCAUCAUUCUGAGGUGAACAGACCCUCAUGAUGGCAGAUCUCGGCUUCAAUUUAUAUAAAUAUACAUGUAUAUAUAUCAUGAACACAAAUUUUUUAUGACUCAAAAUCAUCUAUGCAAAAAGAUUUGCAUGUUAAAAAAGCAUAUGUUCAGAUGUUUGUGAAAUUGGCAAUAUACACUUAAUAUGAUAUAUGCACUUCUACAUAUAAAUUUCUACAGGGCUUGUUGUAGCUAGAGAGGUUUUGGUUGCCUUGGAGCUUCUGUAGUGCUAUGAAGGGAUUGUUUGUAAAAGGAAUUUUAGUUAACAGGCUGAUAUUUCCUGUAACUUAAUUUUAUUAUUGGUUGCUUGAAAUCCAUGGUUUGUGCAAUACAUUUAGUGAGAUACUAUAUACAGGGCUAUAUUUGCCCAAUCAUGAUGUAAAAUAUUUCGCCUCUAACACAAUUUGGGCGAAAGAGAAGUUUCUUGGCAGUUUUCUCUAUAUUUAAUAUUUUAGUUAAAAAUUUGCCCACUGUUUACAGUCUCAAAGGUGAAUGGAGCAAUCAUAAAAGUAGGCGGAUAUUUCCCUGUAUACGGUAUGUCUCCUGCUUAUUGGGAUAUUUAUUUUUCAUGUUAAUUGUAUAUGUUCUCUGAGGGAUGACAUAUUAUUCAAUAAUUGUGCUGAUUUUUUUUUGUUUUGCGGUAUUGAUGAAUCACAAUUUUUGUUGAAGAUUUCCCUGUGUGCCAAAGUAUGGUUGACACAAGUCUUCCAAAUCCUAAAUCAAUCCAGCAAUUUUAAUGGUAUUUUACUAAUGAAAAAAAUCAUUUUGCUAUUUGUACUUUUUAUAAAUACUUUUCCAAUAGAGAGUAUUUUGAAAGUUUUGUUAUAGAUUUUGGAUUUUUGGCAUAAUAUUCAUUUGUUUUUGCAUUUUUUAAGUUCUUUAUAUGUAUAUGAUGAGUUUACAUUGUAGUUUGAUACCAUUUCUCAAAAUUGGAUCAGCUUUUAAGUUUGCCCAAAAAAUCUUUUUUUUUAUCAUACCAAUACAUGUAAUGGUAUGAUUCUUAUUCAUGGAAUGAUGGUAAAGAAACACACGGAAAAUACUUGACAGGUCACCAGUCAAAUUAAAUUUAGUGAAAUGAAUUAAAAAUAAAUUAACAUGCACCAGAAAGUUACUUAAGUAUUUUUUGAAAUUGUAUUCAUUUUCAUUAUUUUAAAUUCCAUUCUUGAAAAAAAUGCAACUUAGUUUUGAUUUUUUUUUUUAGAUUUAUUAAGUUUCAUAUCAAUUGUUUAAAUACCAUCUUUAUUUUUAAUAUAGGUGUAUGUUCCUUUCACCAGACAAAUAAAGAAAAAUCUUUUGAUACAGAUUUAUUUAGAGUUUAAUUACUGGUUUAUAUAUAUAAAAGUAAUACCAAAUUGUUGUGAAAGUUCAUCUGUAUUUACCAUACCUUUGAACAAUGGUCAGAUGUAUGCAAAGCUUGAAAAGACAUCCGAUUUCUAGUCAGUAUUGCAUUUAUACUCUGUAUUCUUUUACAAAUAUGUAUUAAAAUCUACUUAUACAGUAUAUCAUCACAAGAAAUUAAAAGAAUAAAAUCUAUCAUUUAUUAUA